GAUUGGCAGGAGGUAAUCCGACUGUAUGAGAAAGAUAAUGUGUACUUGACCGAGGCAGCUCAGCUACUCGUCCGCAAUGUAAACUAUGAGGUGCCAGGCAUCAAAAGGCAGAUUGCCAAGGGAAGUCAGAUACAACAGGAGUGUGAUCGCAAGGAAGCAGAUUGUAUUAAGGGCAUUGCUGAUUCAAAGAAGAAAUACUUGCAAAUGUGUAAACAGAUUGGAAUUGCUGGUGAUAAGAUAAAACACGAGUUGAUUGAUCUACUGAAGACACUUCCUGAAGAAUUUUCCGCAGUCGCUGAGGCCAGCAAGAAUCUUUCCUCGGCACGCCAGUUAUAUUCGGACUUCCUGUCAUUUACUGUGGAUGAAACUGAGCCUGAAUGCUUACCUUUGCUCAAAUUUAUUAUGGAGCACGGUAAUGUGACCACAUAUGAGUGGCUGUAUGGUGAGGCUCCCUGCAGUAUAGAGGAACCACAGCUUGAUAUUGUACUAACUGAUGAGACAGACAAGACAGCAGAUGACCAAAUUAAUUUUGGUGAUGCAGGAGAAACAAUUGAUUAUGGAGAUACAUCCGGAGAAAUUGACUUUGGAACAGAUCUUGCCUCUGGUGAUAUUGACUGGGGCAAUCUUACCGAGGGUCCAGAAGCUAUUGAUUGGGGCAUUGGUGCAAUAGACGACAUCCCUACAGUUGACAUUGUGGUUGAGGAGUCUGGUAUUGCAGGGGGUGUUGCAAGGGACUCAGAGGCUCUCACACUCUUGUAUCACAAAAAAACACGGAACCAGUUUAUAGAUGAACUCUAUGAGCUUGAGGGGUUCCUAGGACAGCGACUCUCAGAGUUAGAGACCGAAGGAUCUGUAUUCUCCUUCAACCAGUUUACUAAUGCACCUCUGUCUGUCCAAGAUCACACAGCAGAUCAAGUGAGAGUAAUGCUAUCACAGGUCAAGUCAGUAGUGGCCAAGCUGUCCACAACCAAGAUGCAGCAUCUCUUCCUCAUUAGCUCCUCACCAAGGUAUGUGGAUCGACUGGCUGAUUCUCUCAAAUCCAAACUUGCUAUUGGGGAUAAACUAGCCGAAUCCCAAAUAGCUGCCAGACAACGUAAACAAGACACUGCUGAGGAACAACGAAGCCUCAUGCCAAAACUAGCACUCAUCAUUGACCGCACAAAAGAACUACAAUCUCACAUAGCGGAACAUAUCUCCAAGCGCUACAAAAAUAGACCUGUGAACUUGAUGGGUGCUUACAUUAGUAUGCAGUUGUGAAUUACUUUGAUAUUAAAUCACUAUAAAUUUUG